AUGCUUGAAGCCAGACUCGACCAGGCCGACAUCCUGAAGAAGGUGGUGGACGCCAUCAAGGACCUCGUCCAGGACUGCAACUUCGACUGCAAUGACUCGGGCAUCAUGCUGCAGGCCAUGGACAACUCGCACGUCGCGCUCGUGUCCAUGGCCCUCAAGACGGAGGCCUUCUCCCCCUACCGCUGCGACCGCAACAUCGCUCUCGGCGUCAACCUGGCGUCGCUGCAAAAGGUCCUCCGCGCCGCCCAAGGCGAGGACGUCCUGACCCUCAAGGCCGAGGACGCCCCGGACAGCCUCAACGUCGUCUUCGAGAGCUCGGAGCAUGACCGCAUCAGCGAGUACGACCUCAAGUUGAUGGACAUUGACCAGGAGCACCUGGGUAUCCCCGAGACGGAGUAUGCCUCAACCAUUUCCAUGCCCAGCAGCGAGUUCAGACGCAUCUGCACGGAUUUGCAAGCUAUGAGCGAGUCCGUCACGAUCGAUGCGAACAAGGACGGUGUCAAGUUCUCUGCCAACGGCGACAUUGGUAACGGAUCCGUCACUCUGCGAAGCCACACCAACGUCGACAAGCCCGAGCUGAACGUCGACAUUGAGCUUACCGAGCCCGUCUCCCUGACCUUCUCCGUCAAGUACCUCAUCAACUUCUGCAAGGCCGCAGCCCUCUCUAAGCAGGUCAAGAUCUGCUUGUCCAACGAGGUGCCUCUGCUGGUUGAGUACACUUUGGUGGGCCAGAGCUACCUGCGCUUUUACCUGGCGCCGAAGGUCGUAUCUGGUAACGUAGGAAACAAGAUCGCCGUGUUCACGCUGCAGUCCCUCGGCUGCGACGUCGCGGCGCUCAACACCGUCCAAUUCAGCAACCACACGGGCUACCGCCAAUGGAAGGGCACAAAGGUCUCGGCGCAGGAGAUCCGCGACCUCUUCGAGGGCCUGAAGCAGUCGUACCUCGACGACUUCGACAUGAUGCUCUCGGGCUACAUCCCCGGCGCCGAGGCCGUCGUGGCCGUCGGCGACAUCGCGAAGGAGCUCAAGGCGAAGUCGGCCGACGGCAGCUUCUUCUGGGUCCUGGACCCCGUCAUGGGCGACAACGGCAAGUUGUACGUCGCGCCGGAGGUCGUGCCGGCGUAUCAGUCCCUCGUCGAGCACGCGGAUCUGAUUCUCCCGAACCAGUUCGAAGCCGAAUUGUUGUCCGGCGUCAAGAUCACAGAUAUGAAAUCCCUCCAAUCCGCCAUCCGCGCUCUGCACAGCGAACACCGCAUCCCCCACGUCGUCAUCACCUCGGUCAACCUCGCGGCUCCCGACCACCCGCCCUCGCACCUCUCCGUGGUCGGCUCCUCCAUGGACCCCUCGACGGGCGAGCCGCGCCUCUUCAAGAUCGUCUUCCCGGCCAUCGACGCCUACUUCUCCGGCACGGGCGACAUGUUCGCGGCGCUCAUGACGGUGCGCAUGCGCGAGGCCGCCCUCGCCGCCGGGGACGGCCUCACGGCGACGAGGUCGUGGCUGAGCGGGGGCGACGUCGACGCGCUGGAGCUGCCGCUCGCCAAGGCCGCGGAGAUGGUGCUGGCGAGCAUGCACGAGGUGCUCACGCAGACGGCGAGGGGCAUGCGGGAGGUGGUCGAGAAGGCCGGGGAGGCGGCGACGACGGAGGAAGAGAAGAAGAGGUUGCACUUGUUGAAGAGCAAGAGUGCCGAGCUGAAGCUGGUGAGGAACUUGGCUUGUCUGAGGGAUCCGGUCGUGGAGUUCCGGGCGAAGAAGUUGUAG